AGCAGAACUGCAAGGACCACAAUGCAUUUGGACAUAGUCUCUCCUCCGCUCACAUCCGCUAGACUCGCUAUUUGUGUUGGAAAAAGGACUUAGUGAAACUGCAGCGAUGUCAGUCCAGGUUGUGGCAGCGAAAAUGGCAGAGGUCGAACUCAAAGACGUCCCCACUGUCAAAGAUUCACCGGCUGGUUCCCCGAUGACACCGACCUCGGAGGGCAAGACCCUCGUCAGAAGCGACCCGCACGAGGCCGGUUCCUCUGCUGCUGCGUCCCCUACAGCGGAGCCCUCCGCGAAAGCCGGGGAAGACAGCCUGGGUUUGCUCAACCCGAACCCCGCGAAGAUGCCACAGGCGUCGGCUAUGAAGCGGACGGACCCGCAGCAGAACGGUGGAGAGGCUUUUGUCAACCGUGACGGUACAGUUGCUGAGGCUCCGCGGAUGAAAAAGAUCCAGUUCGCGGACCAGAAGCAGGAGUUCAACAAGCGCCCCUCCAAGAUCGGCCGGCGCUCCCUGUCCCGCUCCAUCUCCCAGUCCUCCACAGACAGCUACAGCUCAGCGGCGUCCUACACGGACAGCUCUGACGAUGAGACGUCUCCUCGGGACAAACAGCAGAAGAACUCUAAGGGCAACGGAGACUUUUGCAUCAAAAACAUCAAACAGGCCGACUUUGGCCGCAGAGAGAUUGAGAUCGCAGAGCAAGAGAUGCCCGCCCUGAUGGCUCUGAGGAAGCGAGCCCAGGGGGAGAAACCCCUCGCCGGUGCCAAGGUGGUGGGCUGCACCCACAUCACUGCCCAGACUGCUGUGCUGAUGGAGACUCUGUCAGCUUUGGGAGCUCAGUGCAGAUGGGCAGCCUGCAACAUCUACUCCACCCAGAAUGAAGUGGCAGCUGCCCUGGCAGAGGGAGGUUUCAGUGUGUUUGCAUGGAAGGGUGAGUCAGAGGACGACUUCUGGUGGUGCAUCGAUCGCUGUGUCAACGUGGAAGGCUGGCAACCCAACAUGAUCUUGGAUGACGGUGGAGACCUGACUCACUGGAUCUAUAAAAAAUACCCCAACAUGUUCAAGAAGAUUAAGGGCAUUGUAGAGGAGAGUGUUACCGGUGUGCACAGGUUGUACCAGCUGUCCAAGGCAGGAAAGCUGUGUGUUCCAGCCAUGAACGUCAACGACUCUGUGACUAAGCAGAAGUUUGACAACCUCUACUGCUGCAGGGAGUCCAUCUUAGACGGCCUGAAGAGGACCACUGAUGUCAUGUUUGGAGGCAAACAGGUGGUGGUGUGCGGAUAUGGAGAGGUGGGAAAAGGCUGCUGUGCUGCUCUCAAAGCAAUGGGCUCCAUCGUCUACGUCACAGAGAUCGACCCAAUCUGUGCCCUGCAGGCCUGCAUGGACGGCUUCAGGCUGGUGAAACUGAAUGAAGUCAUCAGACAAGUGGACAUCGUCAUCACCUGCACAGGCAAUAAGAACGUGGUGGUGAGAGAAUACCUCGACCGCAUGAAGAACGGCUGCAUUGUCUGCAACAUGGGACACUCCAACACAGAGAUCGAUGUGGCAAGCCUGAGGACUCCUGAGCUGACCUGGGAGAGAGUGCGCUCUCAGGUGGACCACGUCAUCUGGCCGGAUGGCAAGAGGAUAGUGCUGCUGGCUGAGGGUCGUCUGUUGAACCUCAGCUGCUCCACUGUGCCGACCUUCGUGCUCUCCAUCACCGCCACCACCCAGGCGCUGGCUCUGAUAGAGCUGUACAAUGCCCCAGAGGGACGCUACAAACAGGAUGUUUACCUGCUGCCCAAGAAGAUGGAUGAGUAUGUGGCCAGCCUACAUCUUCCUACAUUUGACGCACAUCUUACAGAGCUGAGUGAUGAGCAGGCCAAGUAUCUGGGCUUAAACAAGAACGGGCCCUUUAAGCCAAACUACUAUAGGUAUUAAACCAGUGUCAGGGUUGGCCUCAA